UCUUUUUUCACUAUAAAAAUAAAUUGAAGCAGCAGUAGCUGACUUCCUCUCCUUCUCUUGUUGCCAGCUCCAUUCACUUUCUUCAUUCAAAGGCUUUCUUCAAUUUAAAGGCGUUCUACUGUGGAAUAGCACCAAUUUUGAAGAUGAACUGUUAUAGCCUUCAGCAGAACGCCUUUGCAGCCUGUGAAGAGAGGAGAGGCUCUAUUAACCUUGCUGAUCAGAAGGAGCCUGUCGUUUGCCCAAAGCCUCGACGAGUUGGCGUUUUAUGUAACAUGCCUAUGAGGCCCUUAAGAUGGCAUUUCAAUAGUCAACAAGCUGAGGGGUCUGAUUCAAAAGCGGGAGCAGAGCUACUAGACAUUAUUUUCAAGAGGGAGAAUCAUGGGGAGGAAUUUUUUAAUCAAGUAGCAUCAUCUCCUCCAUAUUUUUGUGGAUCUCCCCCGGUUCGGGCGGCUAACCCCUUGAUCCAGGAUGCACGAUUUGGAGACGAAAGGAACAACCCAAUAUCAGUAAUCUCAUCGCCGUCAGGCUUACCAUCUCCAUCUUCGGCAUCUCGCAAAGGAGGAUGUGUUAGGAUGAAUUUUGGACUUAAACCAGCCGAGGUUAGAGUAGAAGGAUUUGAUUGCCUCAACAGGGAUCGCCAGAAUUCCAGGAUACCUGCUUUUGCUUAAAAACUCCAUUCAGGAAGUGUACAUAGAAGGAGCCAAGUGUGACCUAUCUUAAAAAGAAAAAUGACUUAAUUAGAAAGAAAAUAUCUUUUGAGUAGUUUAAGGGGAAAAUGCAGAGGAAGCCUAACCUUGUGUUCUUGAGAAGGUUUGAAGUGUAGAGCAUGCUCUUUUUUUGUCCCUUGUAAUAUAAGGCAGUUAGAUCUGAGUGUCUUCUAAUAUUUUUAGGUGAUCACCUCAAGAGUCUCAUGUAUAUAUAGGGUUGCUGAUUUAAUGAUUUUGCAUAUGAUCCUUGUAAAUAUAUUUUUAGCUAAUAACUAUGCAAUGUCUAUCAUAUUUAAUAUUUUUUGAAUUAAAUUAAAUUGCUAUUACUAUUUUGAUUUUC